UAGGACCGGAGGGGAUUUUUAAUUUUUGAUGGUUAUGCCGUGUUGGUGCAAACUUGUUUGUCGUCUUCUUAGUAACUUUCCAAAAUGAAAAGGCAUCGUCGCUGCUCCGUGGCUUUGUGCGUGAAGUGAAGUUGACCAAGUCUCGCUGAGUUUAUCUCAUCGUCUUCGAAUACUCAACCACUCCUCAGUCCUCACACUGGAGACUGUGGACUGGAUGUUAGUUUCUGGUUCUCCCAAAACUCAAAUAAUCAGAUCAAGAAUCCAAUUCACCAGAUGGAUGAUCGAUAUCUGAGUGUUGUGAAUUGGUCUGAUCUUCCCAAGGAACUAUGGCUGAUGAUCGGCAAAUGCUUCAAGAGCCACAUCGACCUUCUCCGAUUUCGAUCCACCUGCAGCUUAUGGCGUCGUUCCUCUGUUCUUCCCUCUCGCACAGUUUCUCCUAGCUUCACUCCGAUAAUCGCCACUUCUUCUGGCCAGCCUACUCACCGCCACCACAAUCUAUCGUAUCGAACUUUCCGAUCUCUCCGAAACUGUUUCAACUUCUUCUUCUCCUCACCCAAAGUCUGGUUGAUCAAGGUUGAAGAAUCCAACUACGGCCGUCUCUGUCUCUUGGACCCUUUCACGUGCAGUAGACUCUUGCACUUCCGUUCGAGGUACCCUUCUGACUCUUUCCCUAAGGUGUUGAAUCUGUUGAACUUUCGAUUCGUCGAACUGGUAAAAGCAUAUUCUAUAUCAUUAAGUGGUUCUGGUUUGAGGUUUCCUCUUCCUCAUCGUGAGAUCAGUGGGAAAGUGGUGGCGUUCCCCAAUUUUGCUUGGACCCAGGUAGAGAAUUGCAGGUUCUUCACCGUAAAUAGCGAUGGAAAACUAGGGUUUUCGAAAAUUGGUGAUGAUGAAUGGACCCUUGUGGAUUAUAAGAACUUCUAUUACGAUGACAUAAUUGUUCAUAAGGAUCAGCUCUAUGUUGUGGACAGAUGGGGAACCAUAUACUGGGUGGACUGUUCUUCCCUGAAGUUGGUUCAGUUUUCUCCUCCUUUGUGUGGUUUGGGGAAGAAGAAGCAUUUGGUAGAAUCAUGUGGGAGUCUCUAUGUUGUUGAUAUGCAUGUUGAAGGAGAUCCUAACAACAACAAGGGCACGUACUAUGAGGUGGUUGAUCUGAAAGUGUAUAAGCUUGAUGAGGAAUGGGGGAGAUGGUUGGAUGUGAAAAGCUUGGAUGAGCGUGCGUUUGUUUUGAGCAAAGACUGUAAUUUCUCUCUUUCAGCUCAAGACUAUCAUGGAUGUGAAGAGAAUUGUGUCUACUUCAGUUAUAGAGGCUGUGCUUCUAUGUUCAGCUUAGAAACUUCCACAUUUUGCUCUGCCAAUGUCUUCUGGCCUUGCCCAACUCUAUUCAAUACGUGACUAUGAUAAAUUAUUCAACUAUAUUAGGCAUGUUCCUCUAGAAAACUGUAGAGUUCUUGGUUUUUCCUUCCUCCGACCUGAGAACUUUGGUGCAGAGGAUUGAUUUUCUUGUGGGUAUAGUUUUGAUUCUGAAGAGGAGGUUCUUUUUCCAUUAAUUGCUGUGUCUAUGGAGCUAUUAUGUGCAUUGGUGAAGAUGAUUGCACCUUGUCUGUUUCAGCUGAAUGUCCCAAUUAUUCUUUGUAUAUAAUCCAGUUGGAUUGUGUAUGGUUAAGCCUGAAAUAAUCAACGGCAAAAUCAUAGCAUGCAUGAGUAGGAAUGUAAUAUGUAUGAUGAAAUAUUCUUUCCGUACCAAAUCAUAAAACAUAAUAAAAUAAAAUUUUAUUAGUUCAUAAA